AUGGUGGAAUGGGAGCACAAGAGCCAAGUAGAUGGAAAAAUGCAUGCCUGUGGACACGAUGCACAUGUCACCAUGCUUCUUGGUGCUGCAAGGAUACUGCAACAAUUCCGGGACAGAUUACAGGGAACUGUUGUUCUUAUAUUUCAACCAGCCGAGGAACAGGGUGAAGGUGCAAAAGACAUGAUCCACGAAGGGGUGCUCGAAAAUGUAGAGGCCAUAUUUGGUUUGCACAUAGUGCACAGGUAUCCUAUUGGUACGGUGGCUGCUCGGCCAGGUGAGUUUCUAGCCGGGUGUGGGAGCUUCAAAGCAACAAUCAGAGGGAAAGGGGGUCAGGCAAUGAUGCCACAACAGUCCAUUAAUCCCAUACUAGCACUUUCUAGUUCUCUAAUUAGCUUGCAGAAUAUUGUUUCCCGAGAGACAGACCCUUUAGAUCCUCAAGUGGUUUCUGUAACAAUGAUUCGAGGAGGAACUGGAUAUAAUGUUAUUCCUGACUCAUCUACAAUGGCUGGUACAUAUAGAGCAUUCAGCAAGAAGAGCUUCUAUGCGCUAAGAAAAAGAAUAGAAGAGGUUAUAAGAGGGCAAGCUGCUGUUCAUCGGUGCUCAGCUGAAAUUGACUUCUUUGGAAAGGAACACCCCACAAUUCCCCCAACCAUAAAUGAUGACAGAAUAUUUGAACAGGUACAACAGGUCUCGAGUAUGAUUGUCGGCAGAGAAAACACAAAAUUAACUCCUACCUUCUUGGGGAGUGAAGAUUUCGCCUUUUACUUAGAAAAGGUACCUGGAUCCUUCCUUUUUUUGGGUAUAAGAAAUGAAAGGACUGGAUCUAUGCACCCUCCACAUAGUCCUUACUUCACCAUUGAUGAGGAUGUGCUUCCAAUUGGGGCAGCAAUACAUGCCACAUUCGCAUAUUCAUACCUCUUAAAUACAACAAAGAAACACUAUUCAUUUUUAGAAGCCCUUUGA